UUGCUGGAGUUGCUGUGUGUGUUGCAUUAGAUGACAGCGACGAAGAUUUCGGAUGCUCAGAUGUCGUGGAGCCCGUUUGCGGUCGCAUGCCAGAUGGCAGAGUCAGAGGAUUUGGAAACUACUGUUAUAUGUUGUCAUUUGCGAGCAUAAAUAAACCAUCGACUUGGUUGAUUGGGAAUUAUGCUGUGAAGACACCUCGCAAAAUAUAUAUUCCGAAUGUUGCUCAUCCUCUGAGGGAUCUAAUAGAUCAUGCUGAAGAUAAGCUAAAUGUACUCCAGAAGCAACUGCAUUCACCACAUGUAAACAUUCUGUAUUGUACAAUAUGAAAU